AUGGUGGUUGUACACGCGCGGGGACGUCAGGCGAGCGCCGCGCCCAUUGGCUGCAGGGCGCGCGGCGCAGCUGUUCUGAUUAUCAUAUUUCAGCCUCGCCGCCGCUGUGCGCCACUGACCGCUCGGCGAGCCCGCGGGAGAGGAUUAGGGCUCCCGAGGCAACUUGCUCCGGGCUCAGGCCGUUCUCCCCCGAUGCUCAGGCUGCCGGGCUGCUCUGGCUCUGGCCUCCCUCUCCUCCUCCUCCUCCUCCUCCUGCCCCCUCCCGCGUUCCUUCCCGGCCGCGCCGCCUGCGCCCUCGCCUCCUGUGGCGCUGCUCCUCCGCCCUGCGCUCCUGGGGUCCCCGCAGUCCGGCUGGCCGCGUUGCGCGCGGGGCUCACUUUCUGCCGCCGGUGGCGAGUGGCUGAACUCCUAAGUGACCAGGAACAGACGAUUUUUAACCGAGUUCUGCUGCGUGGAGCCCAGGUUGGUGCUAGUGAGUGCAGUGUGCUGACCCAAGUGGUGGUGGCCCAAGGACGCGCUGACCUGUACAUUUGGCAAAGCUUUCAUUAAAUGUAUCAGAUUCUCGCAGAAGUGGUUGCAGUCCGGAGAGUGAAACAGCUAUCUCUCAAGUCCUGACCGGUUCAGCUGAAAUCUACAUUUGCACUGAAUCUAGCAAAACACCCACGGGUCCGCCCGAGAUCUCGGGAAACCCGGAGCAAGUUACCUCCAUCUAUUGAUCAUUCUUUCUGAAAGGACGGACACCAUUUCCCCCACUGCAAUCCUGUCCAACGGGCAACUCUGAGUUUAGCUUUAGCGCCAAAGGGUCGAUUUCCCCCACCCGCUGGAGAUUUACUGGGGACGAGCGGGGGAGGGGAGGCGAAGGUACCUUGGAGGAGGUCAAGUGGGGGAGGAGGAGGAGCAGCAGAAAAUUACCAGCCAAGCAGGGGAAGGAGUUGGAAGCCCGGAAAUCUACCAGGAUGCCUCAAGUAACCUUCCUUUAAGUCUCAGAAUUCAGCCCUCGAAAAGCAGCCUCAUAAGGUGUCCUGGGAAGGAGUCCUCCGGUGGGCUGCGGAGGUGAUGUCAAGAGUUACAGCUACUUUAUGAAUUAAACUGACGGCUAAGGCACGUCGGGACAGUUUAGUGUAAGCUGAAUGGUGCGUGGACGGGGGCUACUUUUAAAGAGAGGUGGGCAAUCAUUGGUGGCAUCUACCAGUAUAUUCUGCACGUAACAGUAGUUUGGAAGCUGAAGAAAAACCCCUCAAAUCCCAGUAAAUGCCCAGUCAAUUCGAGAGAGAUUUUAGGGACAAUUUGGAAGGUCGCUGUCUGCUCCAACUCCGCAGAGAUGAACAAGAGUGUGAACUCUGGCGCGGGUGUGUUUAGAAUUAUCUACGACUUCAGCUCCAUGCUGUUAAAACUCAUCAAUUCUUUGUGACUUCACGUGGAGAGAAGAAUUUGCCCUGCCUCCCUACCUGCUAAAUGCCGACUGAGAAAAGGGGCCCAGGAGACGACCCCUUUCAGAAAGAACGUCACUUCAUCAACUCGACUGAGUUAUUAACUUGCUCCCCGAAAGGUCAACAACGCCUUCCCUUCUCAGCCGCACCGCGCGGAGAUCAGUCGCUUUACCCCAGGUAGCCUCUUGUUCAGGGCUCAGGAACUCCUGUCUUAAGGUCUUUCUGGGGCUCAGAAGCUCUGCUAUAUGUUCUUUCCAAGAACCCCACCUGUCUGCUUUCAAGCACACACGGCGCUAGAAAUUUAGCCUAGUCCCUGAGUCCAGGGAUGAGAGAAGAGCUAAACAAUGAGACCCCAACCGUCCCCUUGGCCCCCUGCCCCGCCGUUUUGCAAUUUGCCAACCUUCUAGCUAGACAGCCCCCUAAGUCUCAGUGUUGCAAAUGAAAGGGAAUUUUUCUAUUUCAUCUUCUCAUUGACCGAAGCAGAAAAAUUGAACCGAAUCUACGCCCCUUGUCCUGAUUCCUGCUAGAGGAAAACAGAAAAUCAUCCCACAGGUCUCUUUCAGUCCCUGGAUGGCGAGCCCAGCCCCUGGGAGGCCACGCUUAGUUCUUUAUUGUGAAUCUCUCCCUACUCGCGUUGGUUCGGGACCAGGGCCCCGGAUGGCCUCGGUUGGCCUCGGUUGCCGGUAGGGACGCGAAAGAAGAGGUGAAUCCAAUCGCUGGCCUAGAGGAUAGCGAUCAGAAAACCCGAGGAUUACUAAACAAGGGGCGGCGGUGUCCCUGCCUCGUGAGGUUGGCGUGGGGCGGGGGGGUAGGCUGCAAGACCCUCCAGGCUCCUGGAUGCAAAGAGUGAGAAAGAAAGCGCAGCCUCCGGCAGCCUGCUUGUAAAUACAACCUUUCGGAAGAUGAAACUUGCAGUCUUAGGGCGUCCUCCUUUAUGUCCAUGUUCCAAACCUCUGGGCUUUCCUCGAAAUGAAUAAAAUUGUGGAAAUGAAUGAAGGAGAAUAUCACUUUAAUUGUUUCAAACUCAUUGUCAAGUCACCUUUUCUGCCUUCUGCCAGAGGUUCGAUUUGCGCUUCGUGUCUACAUUCCAGAAAAUUGCAAGGACCUUUCCUCUGCAUCUGUCUGCCUUGUUGGCAGCGUGCGGAAACGACAACUGCACAGUUAUUGGUACAGAAUAUUUUCAUGACUAGCUUAAUUCUAAAUAUCACCCCAAAAUACAGAUACCCAACUUCUUAGUUGGCAUUUUUCAGGUUUAUUCACUUUGUGUUGCAAAUGUUUGAAUUAGAAAACAGGAGAGAACUCCCGUAGCAGAGAUGCACUUCUGUGCUCUCGUGUCAGUCACAGAACCCACACUGGGUGAUUAGCCAGAGGGGCGGGCUCCUUUGUUGACUUAAGAGUUCACCAGGCAAGAUGGAACAAUUAUCUUGUUGCCUCUUCUUAACUGUCUAUUGUUGACUUAUUUCUGGUAUGCUUCCAUUGUACAAAAUUCGAUCCAAAAAUGAAGAAUAAAUCGUAAGUUAAAAAGGUAAUAAUGAUAAUAGGUCUACUUUAAUUUUACCUGGCUUUGUUAAUAGACAGUCUAUACCUGACACUCAUAUACAUAAGAGAUGUCGAAAGUAUAUAGCAUAUCAUUUAUGUAUAAUUAUAUAUGUUAUAAUUAUAUGCUAAUGAUACCAUCAUUUAACGUUACAAGGUAAUUCUAUAAAAAACUUGAAGUUCUAUUUUUGAUACAUUUAACACCCUCUUUCCAAGAAAAUAAUUGUCAGGCUUAAAAAUGAUAUUCAAGGGUGCUUUUAUCAAGAGAACAAAAUCCGAAGCUUCAUGAACUAAAACCUUAUCAAGCAAGGUGGUCCAUAACUAGAUUGCUUUGGGUUAAUGAUAACUUAAAAUACUCUUGUUUUUGUAACUUUUUGUGCACAAAAUGCACAUUUUAAAGUUGUGCAUUUCAAUGUGUGUUUUACCACUUGUUAUUCUGAAAUCUUCAGUCACAUCAUUUCAGCAGGAAAUAAAACCUGAAUAAGUCCUAGGCAAUGUGUAGGGAAUGACUAUGAUUUAACUUUUAUAGCUUAACAAUAUUGUGCUGAUCUUUAAACACAAAUAUUAAUAUAUUGAAAUCAAUAUAAGUAGAUAAUUUCAUCACCUCCUAAUUUAUAAAAAAUGGAAAAGCAAGUAUAACAAGCUGCUUUAGUUUCUAUAAUGUCUAUUUAAGGACCUAUUACCAAAAUAUAGUAAUAAUAGGAUUCAUAUAUGUGUAACACACAUGUAGCUAUUGGAGAGUUCAGUCUGGUUAUAAACACAUUGAACUAUCAUAUGAUGUGUGCCAUCACUUGAAUGUUGCUAAAUUGAUGCUAUGCUAUAUUUUAAGAAUCUCCCUCCUCUUUCCAGAUACAUGUACUAGCCCAGGAAGAUCCCUGCAUUUUGAACAGUAAUGCUAAAUCAGAAACUAUGUUGUUACCCAUAAAUAGAAUCCUCCUGACUUUCACUUAAAUAUCAAGACCCAAAUUAUUUUAUGUCUCACUUCAGAACGUAGCACAAUGUGCUAUUUUAUCAUCUUGGCCCAGUCUUUGGAUUUAUUCUAUACUCUCCGUGUUACAAGCUGCACAAACCAUUGGUGACAAUGAGAACCGCUCUAUAUAGUUUCACUGACUUUGGAUUCUCAUAUAAUGUAUGAACAAGUAUAAGUCAUAUCUUUUAGGUCUUGACGAUGUGUUUCUUCCAAUUCUGAAGUGUUAGUAUAGUUGUCCCUAAUGUCACGUGGUACGUCUCUUCGUUGUCCUAUACCCGAGCCAUAGCAGAUCUGAUGUGACUUUGGAUAUACCACGUGAGGGCAAGUAUUUUCUUUUGGGUUAGGCCAUCAAUGAGGAAGAAACAUGAGUAGAGCUCUCAAAGCAGAGGAAAAUGUAAGUGGAUGGAAAAAAUCACACUUUUGAAUAUAGUAUUGGAGAAAGAAUUGAGUGUGGGUGACUUUAUUAGCUAGCAGAAGAAAGAGUGAAAAGAGGUGCUUGGCUAAGAUGAGAAAAGUAUUCAAUUUUGAAAACAGAAAGAGAAAGCUUAUUUAGAAAAAGAAAACAUGGAGUAAAUGUCAAGAGGAACAUAAAGAAAUGGGGCGUGGUGACCUAGUUCAUUCUGAUAGAAUAGGUGUUUAAGGGCAAAACCCAGAUCCAAAAUAGGUAGUGGAUGGAACUAGGGAACAGUAGAUUCAUAAUUAUUUUAACUUGGCAUUUAAAACUUUAAAAUCUGAGUUGAGGGUUUUUUUUAAUGGUAGAAAAGCAGCUUAUUUGGCAAUAAUUUUAAAAACUUUUGUCACAUCUUUAGUCAUACUAGACUGUUCACCUUUGUAAAUUACUCACUAUCAGUAAACUGUCAGUACAGAAAAUACAAACUACAAGUACUAGAAAUAUCAUAAUACGGAUUUCUCUUUUUAAUGUAACUAGGUUUAUCUAACAAUAAGAUUCAGGAUUCAGAAAAGAAAAAAGACCAGAUCUGAGAAGGAAUUUUAAAAAAUGGUUUCAAAGUUUUCUAGAGUUUUGUUAGCCUUUGCCCUUUCUGCAGAUGUGGUUAUAUCAGAAAGUGUAAUUCAAAUAUUUGCACUGCUUACUUAAACCACAAUAAAAAGGGAAAGAUGUUGUGAAAACACUGCCUCAUGCUCAAAUUUAUGCAAAACAACUUGAAAGGCUGCCAGCAAUACUGUUGUUAUGUUAGCAGUUCUGAUCUGGCUUCACAUUCUCCUAGAGGAGUUCUUCUGAUGUGAGAAGAAUGUAAACCCAAACCACAAGGGAGUAUUCAUUGCACCUAUGCACUUGGGAAGAGUUUGGGUGCCCAAAAUGUCAGAAAAAUCAGAUACAGUUGUUCUCUUAGAAUCUAUUCUGGAGGUCACAAGGUCAGAAUGCCUGCACAUGUGCAUAAACCAACAUGCCCAUAAAAGCCUGAUAGGAGGCAGCAGUGCCCCAUAAAAGGUCACACCCAGCCAGAAUCCAGCAACUUUGGAACAGCGUCUGUUAUGGAGAAGAAAUAUGAGUCUGACAGCAGCAACAGCAGCAACAGAGAAAGAUGGAUUGGGGAUUAAUCAUGAUAAGAUACUGAGCAAAAGAGACAAAUUCUGCCAAGCAUGAAUCCUUCUUUACUCACAGGUUUCACAAAAUACACUCUUCAAAGUACAAGCUGGUUGGCCAAGGUCAGGUUGAUCUUUGCUAGGCUAAAGAAGCAGCCGCUGAGUGUUUCCCACGGCAAAUGGAGAACACCUAAGGAUUUUUUACUGUUAAAAAAAAAUAAUAAUUUGUGUUUCAACAGUAGAAAUACUCCUGAUAACACACGUGAUCAAAACUGCAUUCCCCUUCAGUUCUCAUGACAUCCACUUUGGGGUGAUACCAUUUAAAAAAUAUUAUUGGUAGCUGGUAGCCUGUGGCUUUCCAGGACCUUACUUUUAAUGUAUUUCCCUUGUCUUUCUAGAUUUAACAUAUUGCCUCAUUUCAUAAUCUCCCCUCAUUGAGAUCAUUUGCAUAAGCAAAACAUGUUACAUGACAGUCUUUGGAAGACUGAAUAGGCGCCACUAAAUUGUGCAGUUUAGAGGGCUCUAGGCGAGGCCACCCAGACUGAAAUAGUAGCCUCUCUAUAUCUGUCAAAGCAUCUCAAAUAACUCUAAGAAAGAUUUACUACUUUGACAAUCAUAAAGACUCUUUAGUUUUCAGGAGAUUUUGUUUAGUUUUGUUGGUUGGUUGUUUAAUGCCAAAGCUUUCUGUAAUUGAUUUUUCCUGCUUCUUUACCCAUUUGUACCAUUAUGAAGAUUUCUAUAAUAAGCAUGCCAAUAAUAAGAAAAAAGGAAAGGAAUUGAAACAAAGAUGAUAAACCUAAAAAUAAGUGAUACACAAUGGAAUACUAUUCAGCAAUUAAAAGGGAAGAACAACUGAUACAUUAACAUGGGUGAGUCUCAAUAUGCUGAGUAAAAAAAGCCAGAACAAAAAUGGACACUCUAUAAUUCUACUUACAUAAAACUCUAGGAUAUACAAACUAGUGCUUGACAAACUGAUAGUGAAAGAAAUCAGAUGAGUAGUGGCUGUGGGAUGGAGUAGGUGAAGGGUAGAUGUAAAAGGCAGAGAUUAAAAAGGGACUGGAGGAAAUUUUUGGAAGUGAUAGACAUAUUCCUUAUUUUAUAUUCCUUAUUUUGAUUGUGGUGAUAGUUUAAUGGGGGUAUGCUAUGGCAAAGCUUACCAAAUUAUAUAUUUUAAAUACGGGCAGUUCAUUGUGUAUCAUUUAUACUUCAAUAAAGCUAUUAAAAAUAGAAAAGAAA